UGGCGCCGUGAAGUCUGCAGGCCGUAACAGGAAAAGGCUGAGAGACAGUUCACCCGAGAGGGAUCCGUUUAGAGCUUUUCAUACACUUUCCUACGUUCAACCUUAAACGUUAAAUUAAAAUGCAUACGUUUUAAAUGUUUUAAGCACAGAUGAAACACAGGUGUUCGAAAUCGUGUUUCACUUUCUGUGCGGAUUUACCAGGUCUGUACCAUGGCUGUGAUGUGUUUAAAUACAGUGGUCUUGACAUUCCUAUGGACUGUGUUGUGUGUAACGGCUGAUGACAACAUGGUGAUGAUUCCUGGUGGAAAUAUGAAGAUGGGAACUAAUGCUGCCGAUGGCCGAGACGGUGAAUCACCGAUAAGAGCUGUGACAGUCGCCUCAUUCCUGAUGGACAAAUAUCCUGUAACUAACUCCGAUUUCAGGGAAUUUGUCAGGUUGAAAAAAUAUAAAACGGAGGCUGAGACAUUUGGCUGGAGUUUUGUGUUCCAGGACUUUGUGUCUGAUGAGCUGAAGAGCAAGAUUACUCAGAGAAUUGAGUCUGCACCCUGGUGGUUGCCAGUUGAGAAGGCGUUUUGGAGACAGCCCAGUGGGCCAGGUUCUGGUAUCAAAGAUCGGCUAAAUUCUCCUGUUGUCCAAGUGAGCUGGAACGAUGCCCAAACCUACUGUAAAUGGAAGAAGAAGAGGCUGCCCACAGAAGAGGAAUGGGAAAUAGCUGCCCGUGGAGGACUUGAUGGAAGGACAUACCCUUGGGGCAAUAAAUUUCAGCCAAAUCGCACCAACUUAUGGCAGGGGUCAUUUCCGGAAGUGGACAGAACAGAGGAUGGAUAUCAUGGCGUAGCUCCUGUUACUGCAUUCUCUCCACAGAAUAAUUAUGGAUUAUACGACAUGCUGGGUAACGUGUGGGAGUGGACCUCCACACCUUUCCGUUCUGCUCAAACUAUGUAUGUGCUGCGUGGUGCAUCUUGGAUAGAUACAGCUGAUGGAUCAGCCAAUCACAGGGCACGUGUUACCACCCGAAUGGGGAACACACCAGAUUCAGCAUCAGACAAUCUGGGCUUUCGCUGUGCGUCAGACUACAGUUCCAAGCAAAAGCAAAACAAAGGGAAAACUGAGCUGUGAGGACCAAACAGUUAAAAACAUGAUGUCAGUCAUAUGCUGUCACUUUAAUAAUGCAUCUCUCCUGUGGAGACCAGGACCAGACGUUGCUUAUCAGAAUUCUUUCUUCCACUGUGAAAAUAAAAACAAGCUUUUUAAUGUA